AUGUCGGUAAUCAAGACAGUGAUGGCAUUACCCGAGAAAGUAAUUCAUAGUGAUAAAGGGCACAUUUUGGAGUUAAUAGACGAAGAUGUACAGUCCGUUAACGCAUUCAAGACUAGGUUGAGACUUACAGACACACAAAAGAGAGGAGUCAAUGAGGGCUCUUCGGAGCCUGUUCAUAAGAAGCAACGUCUUCAUGGAAAUAUAGCAGCGGCCGGUGAUAACAGUAGUAUUCUAGAUUCGGUAUGCGCAGAUGACUUCAGGCAGUACAAUCAAGCUAAAAGCAGGGUACGAGAAUUUUACAAGGAACAGCACGAAAAGCAAACUAUGGCAUAUAAUCUCCAAGCACGCAUUAAUUUUAAGACCAAGACAAGAGCCCGAAUGACAAUAUGGGAAGCCCUCUGUAGAUUGAGUAAGUUGAUCGACGAUUCAGAUCCCGACACUGAGCUGUCUCAGAUUGACCAUGCAUUGCAAACUGCUGAAUCUAUACGUGCGGAUGGAAAGCCUCGGUGGAUGCAGCUGGUAGGACUCAUACAUGACCUGGGAAAGAUAUUAUACUUUUUUGAGAGCGAAGGGCAAUGGGAUGUGGUGGGUGAUACAUUUCCUAUAGGUUGCAAGUUCGUUGACGAAAUCAUCUUCCAUGAAUUUUUUGAGGGCAAUCCUGAUAACAAACAUCCAAUAUAUUCGACGAGAUUGGGCAUAUACGCAGAGCAUUGUGGGUUGAGUUCGGUUAUGAUAUCUUGGGGGCAUGACGAAUACAUGUAUUACAUAGCUAAAAGUCAGUCCACUUUGAAUGACGAGGCAUUGGCAAUGAUUCGAUAUCAUUCCUUUUAUCCCUGGCAUCGAGAAGGUGCAUAUCGUUACUUAAUGAAUGAAAGGGAUUUCAAGAUGUUAAGCGCAGUUCAAGAGUUCAACAAGUAUGACCUGUAUUCAAAGGGUUUGAAUAAAUACAACGUUGAAACCCUAAAGCCGUACUACUUGGAACUCAUCGAUGAGUUUUUCCCAUCAAAGUACAUAGAAUUUUAA